CGUCGCUGACGAACAGCAAGGGCCAAAGGCGUCGUUCCUGACAAAAACCUGCGGUAGCGGUCACUGCGGAGCCUUCCUGGGGAAGAGAGACAGGCAGGGGGGUUGUCCGGUUGCUUUCUGGGCCCCUACCUGUCCUUUGGGAUUUACUGGCUUUGAGCAAUUCGAAACGCAGCCGUUAUUCCUGGGGCCGUCACGGAGACGCUGCUGCUUUUUGCCUUGGGUAAAAGAAAUUUCUUUUGCGCCUUUUAAUAAUAGCCUGUUGGAGGCUAAGUCAUCGAGGAAGCCCCGCUUCACAUAUCUGCCAAAAUAUGGAAGAGCUGUCAGGACUUAAUCAUGGCACAUGACUCGAAGGUUUCUCGAUUGCUAGGUGCUUUCAAAAACCAAAAACAGGUGACCAGAAGUUUUGGUAGUGCUGUACAAACAGUAACUUUAAUCCCAGGGGAUGGCAUAGGACCUGAGAUUUCUGCUGCUGUCAUGAAGAUCUUUGAUGCUGCCAAAGCUCCUAUUCAGUGGGAAGAGAGGAACGUUACAGCUAUCCAGGGACCAGGAGGGAAGUGGAUGAUACCUCCAGAUGCCAAAGAAUCCAUGGACAAAAACAAAAUGGGAUUAAAAGGGCCUUUAAAGACCCCAAUUGCUGCAGGGCACCCAUCAAUGAAUCUGCUUCUGCGCAAAACCUUUGACCUUUAUGCAAAUGUACGUCCCUGUGUCUCCAUUGAAGGGUACAAAACCCCAUAUACGGAUGUGAAUAUUGUCACAAUUCGAGAGAACACAGAAGGCGAAUACAGUGGAAUUGAGCACGUGAUUGUUGAAGGUGUUGUGCAGAGUAUCAAGCUGAUCACAGAAGAGGCUAGCAAGCGUAUUGCAGAAUUUGCUUUUGAGUAUGCCAGAAAUAACCAGAGAAGCCAUGUUACUGCUGUGCACAAGGCAAAUAUUAUGAGAAUGUCUGAUGGGCUUUUCUUGAGAAAAUGCAGGGAGGCAGCAGAAAACUGUAAAGAUAUUAAAUUUAAUGAAAUGUAUCUGGAUACUGUGUGUCUGAAUAUGGUUCAGGAUCCAUCACAAUUUGAUGUGCUUGUUAUGCCAAACUUGUAUGGUGACAUCCUCAGUGACUUGUGUGCUGGACUGAUUGGGGGUCUUGGAGUAACACCAAGCGGAAACAUUGGUGCUAAUGGAGUUGCGAUUUUUGAAUCAGUUCAUGGAACAGCACCAGACAUUGCAGGAAAAGACUUGGCAAAUCCAACUGCCCUUCUUCUGAGUGCUGUAAUGAUGUUGCGUCACAUGGGACUACACAAACAUGCCACAAAAAUUGAGACAGCUUGCUUUGAUACAAUUAAAGAUGGAAAGGUCUUGACAAAAGACUUGGGAGGUGGCGCCAAAUGUUCGGAAUUCACAGAAGAGAUCUGCCGCAGAGUACGGGACACAGACUAAACUUUUCUCAUACUACUUGUAAUAACUCUGAAAGGAUACAUCACACAAAGUACAUCAUAUGUAACCUGAUACCCAUAUAGUUUGCUUGUCUCUUCAGAGAACAAACUUUUUAGUUAGGGCCUCUCUGUUAAUUAAUUUAGUCCAAAUGGCUACAAAUUAUGCUUGUGCCUGCUUUCAGUGGACUUUUCUAAGUGCUUUGUCUUAUUUAUUUUUUCUAUCUGGUGAACAUUUUUAUGUAAGUGAAUUCUUUUACUGCCACUGUAACUGUCUACCAUUUUCAAUGUGAACCAGAGGUUUUUACUUUCCACAAAGAAAAAUUAUGCAAAUAAACCAGUAACAGAAUUAGUGAAAUCUAAAAGCACCUUAAUGGUUAAAACCUACUUUAUUGAUCUUACUGAAAUUUAAAAGAUAGGUUUUCAGCCUAACAAUAGCACAAGAUGACCUUCAUAAACAGAAACGGGUAUAAAAUAACUUAAAAUAGCAAUUUCAUGUUAAGAGCAAUGAAAAAAAUACUUUAGAUACUGUGGUGAUUCAUGAAAUAUAGCCUUGCCCUCUAAGGGCAUGAAUAAAGAAAUACAAAUGUGUAUUUUAAAAAAAACCCAGAACCAUUAACCAGCAAGAUGUGAGAACUAAUGUUGAAGUAAAAUUAUUUUUCAAAUCUAUUUACCAAAAUAAUUCUUACAAAUUUUCCUCUCUGAAACACACUUUACAACAGAGUUAUAAUGCAAGUAAAUUAUACAAAAUUACUUCUGCCAUGUAUUGUGAGGGGAAAGCAUUAACUUUACGAAUUUAUACUAAUUAUUUCAUGACUUCUGCUAGAAUGCUUUUUGUGUUGUACUUUUAUGCAUAGUAUGUUCAGUGUGUCUUACUGUAUUGACUAGUAAUUUCAUUCUAGAAACUCCGAAUGUAAGGGACUAGUCCUAAAUGGAUUGAGACAGAUCAAAGGUUUGGCUCUGGUGCCUAUGUUCCAGAAAUACAUUUCAUCCCUAUUCAGGGGGAUCUGAGGCUAUUUUUUGCCCUGCUUACUGAGCUUAAUGGGUGCAAAAGCAACUCUUUUCCCUCCCUUCUUCAUUGCAUACAGGUUGUCAUAUGAGUCAUUCUGAUCUGUAUGUCUUAAGGUAUGCUUCCAUUAGUAACCUUACCAGAAAAACAUGUAUUUUAAAACUCAUGACUAUAGGACAGGAUUAUCCCUACUGCCAGAACCAGGUUUCUUAAAGCUUAAUUCUAUGAACAGAUAUUACUCCACUUUCUAUUGAGACUGUUUAGGCUGGUUGUUUCAGAGAUAAAAUAAAUUUUGAGUAACUUCCUAGUGUCACUCAAAGUAAGCAUGCCAGCUUUUUUUGUAUAGGCUAACAACAUGUUGGAGGAGGGACAACGAGCUUUAUUCCUUGUGCAUUCUGCUUUUGGUGAAUAGGGCAACAUUUCUUUCUGUGUUUUACAAGCUGCUGCUUCCUUGUUUCCUUUAGAUUAAUGUUAAAGAACUUCUGAAUUACCAUUACGCACAAAAUGGGGAAAAUAAACUUUUCAAAGUCCUAUUGCUUGGGGUUUUUUUACAAUUACAGGCUGCUGUCUUGUUGUCUUGGUUCAGCUGAUGGUUGGUACUUGCAACAAAUCUUAAGUCUGUAAGAUGCCUAAGACUGGUAAUGGAACUUUCAUGGAAAUGAUACCCUAUUCUACAGGACUCUCUUAACUGAGAACAGUGGUUAUAGGUUGGCUGCUUGUGUUAGCUGUUACAACUCUGCCAAAGAUCACAUACUAACAGCAAACCCUUUAGACAACUUUGUCAAGUAUGUCCUUCACAUAAUACGACUGACUGACUUUUUACAAGGAGAAGAAGAAACACAGCUCACAUUUUUCAGAAUUAAUACAAUGUGAAUAUUGAAGCAUGCAGGUAGUGUUGCAACACACUGACACAUUGCUUCUAAACACCAUUGCUUAAAAAAAAAUGCUGUAAACAAUUUUAAAGAAGUUUCUGUUCUAAACAGCACUUUAAUGUGAGAGCUCCUGUAUUUGCUACUUCAUGUCUUUCAGUCUUAGGGAGUAUUCCCUCAACUUUGAUUAUUUGUUUUUAGGAGAAAUAGUAAUGCUAAUUUCAACAUGAAUUUAUGAAAUUAUGAGCUGCUGUUUUCACAAAAGUCUGAAUUCUAGCCACUGUAGAAAUGGAAUGUCUUUAGAUUCAUAAAUGUUGUGUUAGUGAACACAAAUAAACUCAUCUCUGGGAGGGGAAAAAACCCAGCCCUUCUGACUUUUCUUUAAUAAUUAUCUUUAUCAUAGGAGUGGUAUAAGUGUCACUAAGCAGUACUGUUAACUACUGAUCUACCAAAAUAUAUCAUGAGCUACGGGCAACCUCCUGUAGAACA